AUGAAAGCACCACAUCCUCCACAAGAUUUACAGGCAAAGUGGGAGCUGGGAAGAUUCAGAUCUCACUCCCCUCUCAUCAGUGUGAUACUAGAUUUAACUCUCCUUCUUCCCCAUCUCGCUUUCCUUUCUCCAGUCACUAUCUCUGAGUCUCCCUCUAUCCUUCUGGGGAAGAUACUCCAGGAGACAUUUAUAGACGGUUAUGACCCAAGUGUCCUUCGAAGGGUGCAAUACAUGUUCUAUGAAAUCAAGUGGAGCAAUAGCAAAAGGUCCUGGCAGAGCUGUUGCCAUAGCACUCGAACAGAGCAUGCUGAAAUCCACUUCAUAGAAGAUGUCUUUCAGGAGCAAAGAUCUGAUCCUUCUGUCCACUGCUCCAUCACCUGGUACAUGUCCUGGAGUCCCUGUGGGGACUGCUGCAAGGAAAUCAGGGAUUUCCUGAAAGAACAGCCUAAUGUGAACCUAGUUAUCUAUGUAGCACGGCUCUACUGGCACAAAGAGGAAACCAAUCGUCAGGGUCUACGGAGCCUGGUGAACAUUGGAGUGUCCAUCCGAGUCAUGGACCUCCCAGCUUAUAGCUACUGUUGGAGAACAUUUGUUGAUGAGGCGGACAAGGAUGAAGAUGAUUAUUGGCCCAGGCACUUUGCUCCAUGGAUAAUGCUAUAUUCUCUCGAACUCCAGUCCAUCCUUCAGAACAUUCCGUCGUGCUUAGAGAUUUCAACAGAUGAGAACCAGACUCCAGUUUUCAGCCUAUGUGUAGAUGAUCAACAGAAAAGAGCACUCACAUCCGCCAAUCCCUGAUAGCUGCCAGUAUCCUGGCCUGGGCAGCCAACCAGUCUGGAUGCCAUGAGUGUAUUGAACCAGGCCAUCCUGGGGGAGGGAUGUUGAUAGGAUACUAGAAUGUUUAAUCAUUCCAAUUUGAUUUAGUUACUCUUAGCCAUUUCCUUCCCAUUGGUUCAGCUUGUAGCCUUUUGAAAAGUGAAUCAUGUUUAAAUGUUUAAUGUUGUACAGUGACUGGGUCAUGUUAACACUGUGACUCAGUGUACGGGUUUAUUCCAUCACAGUUAACACAAGAGUAUCUUGCUUAUUCUGCAGCCAAUGCUGUUUCACCAAAUGAACGUAACACUAUAUGGUUUGCUUUGUGUAAGCAGUUUAUAAGGAACUAAUUCAUUAUUCAAUAACAUAUAUAAAGACCUUAGAGAGGAUUUAUUCUCCAGGAUUAUUUUUCUGAAUGAUUUUUCUCUUGAUAGAUUUCUAGGUUUUACUUUCUCUUUCUUUUGUCAACAUAACAUUUGAAUAAAAUAUCUAUAAUCUAAGGA